CCCCGCGUGGGGUGAGUGCCCCGCGCCGCGGUGCGUGUGCAGUGCGUCACCGCACGGCUCCGUGGGCACUGCGGGGCUCUGCGCCGCGCUGCCGAGGCACGGUGGCUCUCUGCCCUCCUCCCCGUGCGGUGCCCUCUGCACGGCUCCCCCCCAUCCUGCGCGGCGCAGGGCUGGGCGCUGGGCCAGAGCACCGGGGCAACGGGCCAGGGUCUCACGGGGGGCAGGAGCGUCCUUGGCCCUGGUUGCCAGGAGAGCCCGUGGCAAAGCCAAGACCACAGAGUUAAAUACCAGAACCCGGGAUACGUGGGUCCCUGUCACCUCCUCAGCGGGGGCAGCUACCCCUCCCCACACAGAAUGUCUCCUCAGCGGCACCAGAGAGGGAGUUGCGAAUUAACAAGAGGAGGAUAAAAGUUCCCUGCUCAGCCUGUGGUGUUUGUGGGAUGGAGCAGUGGAACCGUUUCCAAGUGCACAAAUGCAAGCAAAGACACGACUGAUGGACCAGACGGGGCAUCCGCAUGCAUGGCACAGCUGGAUCUGCUGCCGGGAAACCCACCGAAACUGCCAGCAGCAGCACAAGGACAGAAUCAGUCCCUGAGGUCUUCCCGACUACCUCCGCCGAUGUCCCAGCCAAACAGGCGCUGCUCAGCCUUUAAUCUGCAGGAAGCCUGGUUUCCCUGGCAGCAGUAUUUUGGAGGUAUUUUUGGCUCUCUUCCCCCCGAGGGUCCCUGCGCAUGCGAUGCACGCGCAGCCAGGAGCGCCCUUGCACCAGGGCUGAGCUGCAGGCAGGCUCGCAACGCUCCGCAUUGUCGGGCUGGGGAUGAGCUGCCGGCACGGCGGGGACACGAGACCUUGGACCCCCAGCAACAGCUACACCUCGGGGUGCUGCGGGAGCUCGGCGUUCCUCGGGGGGCCCCCCUGGCAGCAAUCCUAGUCACCCAGGAGCGAGGCGUUGGACCUUGCAUGCUGCAUACUUAGAAGCUAUACCCUACUCGAGGAGGCUUUAAACUGGCAUUGUCACACCUUGACCAUGAACGGGUACUUGAACGAAUCCAAUUUCAUGAUGGUGGAGGAGGGCUUCACCACCAGAGACCUCCUGGAGAACCUCCUUGUGGAGCUGUGCCAGGUGAGUGACCAGCAAGCCUUCUUCGUGGCAGACCUUGGGGACAUUGUGAAGAAACACCUGCAUUUCCUGAAGGCCUUGCCUCGUGUGAAACCCUACUUCCCGGUCAAGUGCAACGGCAGUGAAGGAGUGAUACGGCUGCUGGCUGAGCUGGGGGCAGGCUUUGCCUGUACCACCAAGGCAGAGAUUGCACGGGUUCAAAGCAUCGGAGUCCCAGCUGAUAAGAUCUUCUACAGCAGCCCCUGCAAGCAGGUUGCCCACAUCAAAUACGCAGCCAGCCGCAGCGUGCAGCUGAUGACCUUCGACAACGAGGUGGAGCUGAGCAAGGUGGCCAGGAGCCACCCUCGUGCCAGGAUGUUGUUGGGUAUUGCUGCUGACUCCAGCCCCUCCGCCCAUCCCAACAUGACGUUUGGGACCACGCUCAAGUCCUGCCGACACCUGCUAGAGACAGCGAAGGAGCAGGCUGUGGAGGUUGUUGGCAUCAGCUUUCACCUUGGGAGCUGCGGUCUGGAGCCCCAGGCCUUCGCUCGGUCUGUGGCCGCGGCGCAGCUGGCCAUUGAGGUGGGCACAGAGCUGGGCUACCGGAUGCACCUCCUGGACAUCGGAGGGGGAUUCCCCGGCACCGAGGACACCAGAGCCCAGUUCAAAGAGAUCGCUGCCGUGAUAAACUCUGCCUUGGACUUGUAUUUCCCAGACGGCUGCGGGGUGGAGAUCAUCGCGAGACCGGGGCGAUACUACGUCACCUCUGCCUUCACCUUAGCUGCCAGCAUCACUGCCAUGGAAGAGGUUCCUGCGGAGCAGCCUGGCUCUGACGAGGAAGAGUCUGGCGGCAAGAAUAGCCUGGUGUAUCACCUCAACGAUGGCAUCUACGGCACCUUCAGCUGCCUCCUGUUUGACAGUCCCUGCCCCAGACCUCAGCUGCACAAGAGACCCUGCCCAGACCACCCCUCGCGCAGCAGCAGCCUCCGGGGCCCCCCAGCACACACGGAGGAUCGCAUUGCCGACGGCCUGGAGCUGCCUGAGCUGCACGUCGGGGACUGGUUGAUUUUUGAGGACAUGGGUGCCUACACCAUCGCAACCUCCUCCUCGCCUGGGGGGUGUCCCCAGCCGCAGAUCACCUAUGCCAUGUCCCGCAUGGCCUGGAAAGCCGUCCAGCUCUUCCAGGGAAAGCCACCGCAAACAGAAGAUGACCGCGAGAGCGUCUGCGCCCCGCUGUCCUGCGGCUGGGAGAUGGCGGAGACGCUGUGUGUCACCCCUGUCUUCGCUCCGGCCAGCAUCAUCUGAGCAACGCCGGUACCAGGGUUUGGGGGGGUAAAGGUCCCAUGCCUCCCGCCCUGUCUGCCGCCGGCAUCGCCCCGCUCCGCUCUCACGGGGACCCGCGGCGAGGACUUUGAAGUGUUCACCAUAAAUCCCGUUCCUCCUGC